AUGGGGGAAAAUAUCGCGAAAACAAUGGUGGUCGUAGAGGCAGCAAAGGAGCUGCCAGCAGUAGAGGAUUUUCAGAAGAGGAGGCUGGUAAUGAGGUGUAACAGUUGGGGAGAGAUUUAUCCGAUCACCAAUCCAGUUACCUCACCAUCUACUUUUUCUUCUUUGGCACCAUCUCUUUGGCAUAAAUCUCUUUAUGGGCUGAAACAAGCUCUGCGGGCUUGGUAUAACCAAUUUGCUGGUUAUAUCCAUACUCUUGGGUUUCUCACAGUAAGACCGAUCAUUCUUUGUUUGUUUAUCGUCAAGGAUUUGGUCCCGUUGAGUUAUUUCUUGGGCAUUGCUGUCACUCAUCAUACAGGUGGUUUAUUUUUAUCUCAAAGGAAGUAUGCAGCCGAGAUCAUUGACCGAGCUGGUAUAUCAUCGUGUAAGCCAUCUACUACUCCAAAAGCCAAAGCUGGGGCUAUUAUGAGCAUACCGUUUGAGGACCCAUCUCUUUAUCAGAGUCUUGUAGAAGCAUUGCAAUACCUCACGUUCACGAGACCAGAUAUAACUUAUGUUGUACAACAGGUAUGCUUAUUCAUGCAUGACCCACGGGAUGAGCAUAUGAACGCUCUCAAGCGCAUCGUGCGCUACCUACAAGGUACUUUUGAUUAUGGUCUUCAUCUUUAUCCCUCUUCCACAACCACUCUUGUCUCAUAUAGUGAUGCUGAUUGGGGUGGGUACCCCAAUACAAAGCAUUCGACUUCAGGUUAUUGUGUCUUUAUGGAUGAUAACUUGAUCUCAUGGUCCGCCAAAUGUGAAUCUACUUUGUCCCAUUUGAGUGCAGAGGCAGAAUACCGAGGGGUUGCCAAUGUGGUUUCUGAGCAUGUUGGUUGCGAAACACUUUCUUUUGAAACUUCAUUGUCUAAUUCCACGGGCUACUUUGGUUUACUAUGA